GCGGGACGCGGGGACGGCGCGGCGCGGGCGGCUCUCGGAGGCUCGCGCCCGCGCUCCCAGCAAUCACACGCGCUCACACGCAGCCUAGCUGGCGGCCGCCGCUCCCGGGCCACCCCGGAUCCCCGGCACCGAGGGGACCUCCUGCGAGUGCAACGCACCCUGCGCACCCCUCGCCUCCUUUGCACUCCCCCUUGCCCCGCAACCCCGCCGGUCCUGCUGGAAGAUGGUCCACGAGCGGUGGAAGACCGUGGGCAGCGCGUCCCAACUUGAGGACCGACCGCGCGACAAACCGCAGCGAGCAAGCUGCAGUUAUGUCCUGUGCACAGUGCUCCUGUCCCUUGCAGUGCUGCUGGCAGUGGCUGUCACCGGUGUGGUUCUCUUCCUGAACCACGCCCACACACCAGGCACAGCGCCCCCACCCAUCGUCAGCACGGGGACUGCCGGAGCCAACAGUGCCCUGGUCACUGUGGAGAGGGCUGACAGCUCCCACCUCAGCCUCCUCAUCGACCCUCGCUGCCCCGACCUCACUGAGAGCUUCGCCCGCCUGGAAGGCAUCCAGGCCUCCAUCCUUCGGGCACUGAGUGAGCACCAGGCACAGCCGAGGCUGGAUGGUGCCCCAGAGCUGCUGGACGCACUGGCUGACCAGCUGCCCCGGCUGCUAACCCGGGCCUCUGAGCUGCAGGCUGAAUGUGCUGGGCUGCGCAAGGGGCACAGCCUGCUGGGCCAGGGCCUCAGCACCCUGCAGAGUGAACAGGGUCGCCUCAUCCAGCUUCUCUCCGAGAGUCAAGGUCACAUGGCUCACCUGGUGAACUCAGUCAGUGAUGUCCUGGAGGCUCUGCAGAGGGAGCGGGGGCUAGGCCGGCCUCGUGUCAAGGCUGACCUUCAGAGGGCCCCUUCCCGGGGAGCCCGGCCUCGAGGCUGUGCUAAUGGCUCUCGGCCGAGGGACUGCCUGGAUGUUCUUCUGAGUGGACAGCAGGAUGAUGGUGUCUACUCGAUCUUCCCCACUCACUACCCAGCUGGCUUCCAGGUCUACUGUGACAUGCGCACUGAUGGCGGAGGCUGGACGGUAUUUCAGCGCCGGGAGGAUGGCUCUGUGAACUUUUUCCGAGGCUGGGAGGCUUACCGGGAGGGCUUCGGCAGGCUCACAGGGGAACACUGGCUGGGGCUCAAGCGGAUCCACGCCCUGACCACACAAGCAGCAUACGAGCUUCAUGUGGACCUAGAAGACUUUGACAACGGCACCGCCUAUGCCCACUAUGGGAGCUUUGGUGUGGGCUUGUUCUCUGUGGACCCCGAGGAGGAUGGGUACCCACUCACGGUGGCUGACUACUCCGGCACCGCAGGUGACUCCCUCCUGAAGCACAGCGGCAUGAGGUUUACCACCAAGGACCGGGACAGCGACCACUCGGAGAACAACUGUGCCGCCUUCUACCGAGGAGCCUGGUGGUACCGCAACUGUCACACAUCCAACCUCAAUGGCCAGUACCUGCGUGGUGCACACGCCUCCUACGCAGACGGCGUCGAGUGGUCCUCUUGGACGGGAUGGCAGUAUUCACUCAAGUUCUCGGAGAUGAAGAUCCGGCCGGUCCGUGAGGACCGCUAGACUGGCCCACUACCCAGCGCCAGUGUCCUCUGGUUAUGUCUAGUCCCUACACAUCUCAUCCCAUGCCCACUGCUGCAAGAACAUGCUCUGCCCACCUGUGCAUGGUUGGCCUGCUCUUUAGUAGGGAUGGCCCAGGGCCAGCUCUGAAACUCAGCUUCCUGAGCCAGUGACACCCCUUCCCCAACCAGGUCCCUGUCUAUCAGGUGACAUGCUCUUUGGUUCCUACUAGCGGAGCUGGCACCCGGCAACCCCAAACCCUACCUGCCCAGGCUUUGGUCCCUGUGCUUUGUCUGCUGCAUCCUGGUAAGGCAGCAUCUCCCACUCUUCCUGGCUUGGCAAAAACAUCCAGAAUAGGGGGCAGGCAGCACCUUGGUCCCCUCCAUCAGAUCAAAGUGGAAGGCUCAGACCUUCUCACCUCUGACAUCUGUCUGCCCUAACCCCAAUCCCUCAGGGCCUGGAGACCCUACCUCUGAUCAGAGGACCUUGGACAGCUGCCACAGCUCUCUCUCAUUUGUGGCCAACUGGGCUGUGGCACAGCUGUCUACAAAGCCCCAAGGCCAAGACCAGACCCCUAGGCCACCCUCCCCUGGGUCUCCGCAGACCUGGAGGUUUCUAUUCUUCUGGUUGCUUUCAGAGCUCAUCUGCUCUUUCCCACCUCAAACAAGGUCCACCUGCCCUCCUGCAGAGCACCCAUGGGUCCUGCCCCACAUCACCUGCCUGUGGGGCAAGGGUGGGACUGGCCUAAGCCAGUGAGGACCUCCUGGGGUGAGGCUGUGCCAGGCUCUUGUGUUCUGCUGACCUCCAUGGACUGACUCUAGGAUCUUCUCAGAAGCCAGCCAGCCCUGGGACUCAGCAUGGCCCAAGACUACCAUCUCUGCAGAGAGACUGCCCCCUGCUGGCUAUCACGGACACUGCCACCAGGGUCUAACAGGCGGGGUGGGGUAGGGUGGAGGGGAGGGCAGGAGACAGAGCAUCAAACAGGUUGGACAUCUGGACAUUUCCUUGUCCAGCCUUCUCAACACCUGCACGGAUGAUCCCCCGGGAAGGCAGGCUGUAGCCCCGCCCUCAGCUACCUGCUUGGCAGCUGAGAUGCUCUUAUGAAAACCUGAUAGGGGCUUUACAAGAACUGGAUGAUAAGAUGGCAAUGGUGACCUCCUCUGUCUGGAGGCAGAGACCCAUGCCUUUUCUUUCUACCAGACUUGUACCAAAGCCUGAAGCCACCAAUGAACUGUGUGACCUGCUCAGUCCCUCACAUUGGGCCUUCAGCAAGGAUCUGUAGCACACCUAUGAGAGUCAAAGCGGUCCUAGGUGCUGGACAAGACUGGUUAUGGUCCCGAGCUGGUGGCAAGAAACAUGAGUAGAGUAGCCAAGGUUCUGAUGGGACAAGGGAUACAUAGGAAAGUCCCCUCCCAUUCCCUCUCUGUCCCUGACACCUGGCACCUAGCUUCAUUGCAGAGGUGUGUGGGAGCUUAAACACAUCCUGGCAGACACUACCCACCCCCGAGGCUGGUGCUGAAGUGGCUUCUGUUGCCAGCUGCUGCUGUAAGCGCUGCUCAGAAGUGCCAAGCGCUUUCUGAUGUGGUAUCAAACAAACUCCGUCGAGUGAAGCAACGGAUUCACACAUGCAAGUGUGGGACAGGAGGGCUGCGGGCCAGGGCUGGGCUGCAGAAUGCAGGAGCUGAAGCUCAGCCCAUCAGGGCAGUUGGUGAGGGGUGACAUGCAUCCCUGUCUGGUCACAUUGGAAAUGACAACCCUUCAGCCCAGCCACUGCCCCAGGGACACCAAGCUCUCUCCCAAGCCAGGCUGGUACUCUAGGGGGUGUGGUUUUGUCAAACGCUGGCUGAGUGGGCAGGGGUUAGUAGAGAGACCAGGUCAACAGUCCUUCACCUUCCUGGUGUGCACCCUCCAAGGGCAGGCGAGAGCACUGUUCCUGCACACUGGGCCACAGCCUCCAGCCCUGGCUUUCAUUCACUGGUCUGAUGUCUGUGUAGGUGGCUGCCACCCAUGAUCAGUGACCACGGGAAGCAGGAAUGCUGGGAAGUUUGGGGGGGGCAGGACAGGUCCACUAAGAAGACAUAAUGUCAGCAGGCUGUGGUCCCUGACACCCCAGACCUACUUUGGUUUGUCACUGGAAUGACUAACCAGGGUGAGUCUAUGAAGUCGCCUGGCAGAGCCACACUGCUUUUCUUCUUGGGCAGAGUCUCCACAUCCCACACUAGGGGCUUGGCGCUGUGGCUGUCUCUACUUUGCAAAGCAUCGAAAAUCUUUCCAAGCCUAGGUUGGCUUUGUGGAUUCUACCAAAGGCUUCACAGCUGGGUACACCUGGGUCGUGCCAGUGGCCACCUAGACAGCAUGCAGGGAGCAGACAGUACCUUGGGUCCCCUGCAAGCCUGGGCUGGUGAGUGACCAGUUAGAGCUGUGAGCUUCUCCUGUGGCAUUAGUGGCUCGUGCGUGUGGGACACUAGUGUUUGUAGGUGGGAGUGUCAUCUCCAGUUCCUGGCUCUUCCCUGCCCCCUCAUCUGUGUCACCCCAAGCCUCCAGGUGGAGAAUGAGCCAUCUGUGGCCAUGGUCACUGCAGGUCUUGGCCCCCAAACAGCACUUCUGGAAGAGAGCAGGGCCUUGGAUAACCAGAAAGUCUGUGAGCAACAGAUGCCUUCCACAAGAUGACUUGACUCUGAGGCGGGAGAUGUAUACGAGCUAGGCCCACACCUUCCCUGAACCCUGUGAUCUAAGGAGCAACAUGCCAACAGAAGUCUCAUGGAACCCAGAAGUGUGAUGAAGCAACAUGGACCCAAAGUGUCCGGGGGCCUCUCAGAGCCUCAUUCCUUCAUCUGCCUUUGGCGCAGGUUGCCCGAGGUUCUGAUGGCCCAGGAACUGCAGGGAUCCAUAAAUCCAGAGGCCAGGAUUCAGGCUCAGUGGUUGUGAGUGGGGGUCUGACCUGAGGCUAGCUGUGCCGAGCAGAGCAGGUGUGCAUGCUGGCAGAUACAAUGGGGCCCUGGGGCUGGAAGCAGCUCUGAGCAGCACCCCAUGGGCAAACAGUGGGCCUAGUUGCUACUUGGGGCUGUGUGCACCCGGUGUCUUGUGUACCCUUGUCUUCAAUAAAGUCUCGUGGUGACCCAGCACCA